AUGCCACAACUAGAUACAUCAACAUGGUUUAUAACAGUCUUAUCCAUAAUCCUAACGCUAUUUAUCGUGUUUCAAUUAAAAAUCUCCAAACACCAUUUCCCAAUAAGCCCAGAACUGAAAUCACCAUUAACAUCAAAAAUCAAUACUCCCUGAGAAAAAAAAUGCACGAAAAUCUAUUCGCCUCUUUCACUUCCCCUACAAUAA